GCCAAUGCUCAAACCCACUACCUUACACAGUCUCAAAUCUCUAAGUUCUUGAACAAAAUCACAUUUGAAAUAUGAGUGGAAAAAGUGGCAGCAGCAGUGGAGGAAAGAGCGGAGGCGGUGGAGGAAAGAGCAGUGGUGGUAGCAGCAGCGGUGGAGGAAAGAGCGGAGGCGGCGGAGGUUAUAUGGUUGCACCGGGUUCAAAAGGUGGUGCUUACAUCUCAAGAGGUGGAUUUGAGAGUAACCCUCAAGGAUACUUCAGCAAUUUGCAUGGUAGUGGACAGAGCAAGAAGUGACCGUCUUUGUGUGGUUACUACAAGCAUGAAUCAUCCAUCUUACUCUAGUUAAAUAAAUUGAAAUGAAGUUCAAAUAAGUAUUGAAAUAAAAUGAGAUUCUUAUUUUUAUAAAUUGUGUGAUUGCUUAGUAAAACACUUCUUUAUCAAUCUCGUCACUAAUCAUGAAAUGUGAGAUUAGAUAAUAUGUCAACAUGACCAACAAGAUAACAACCCUUCAUACAGUUUAAACAACAACAAUAAGCAACGUUGAGUGGUCCUAAGGUAAAUGAUACUCUAGUUACAGACUUGGUUUGAUUCAUAGUACAACAUUAGUCAAGACUUUACCAAAUGUUGUAAGAAAAAAAGAUAUAAACAUAAACGUACAAUGUCAUAGAAUCAAACACUUCUCCAGCACACAUUAAUUACAGCCAAGAGCCUAAGAUUGAACCCAAAAAAUCACAAAUUCUCU